UUUGUCAUUUCAUAUUUACCCAAAAGCCGAUAUGGUGUCACAGGAACAAAUUAAAGCUAUUGGCGGAGUGCUAAACAACAAGGAGCGUCCGUUAAAGGAACGUUUCCGUGCGCUGUUCACAUUAAAAAACAUCGGUGGCAGCACAGCCAUCGAGGCAAUAAGCAAAGCAUUUGAUGAUGACUCCGCUUUGCUCAAACAUGAGCUGGCUUACUGUUUGGGACAGAUGCAGGACACUCAGGCUGUAGACAUUCUAACCAAAGUGCUGGAGGACACCGCCCAGGAGCCCAUGGUGCGCCACGAGGCUGCCGAGGCACUGGGUGCUAUUGGUCACCCAGAGGUGUUGCCAAUUCUCGAGAAAUACAAAGAGGAUCCAGUUGUUGAAGUUGCUGAAACAUGUGCCAUUGCAUUGGAUCGUGUUCGCUGGGUGCAGAGUGGACAGCAGGUGGACGACAGCAAUCCAUAUGCAUCCGUGGAUCCAUCUCCACCGACAACUGGCAAGAAGAGCGUGAAGGAGCUCAAGACCAUUUAUUUGGAUUCUACACAAAGUCUGUUUGAUCGUUACCGCGCAAUGUUCAGCCUAAGGAAUUUGCGAACCGAAGAGAGUGUGUUGGCCAUUGCAGAGGGGCUAAAGGACAAAUCGGCUCUGUUCCGUCACGAAGUUGCCUUCGUAUUGGGUCAGUUGCAGGAACCAUGUAGCAUACCACAUUUGCAAGAGAAUCUUGAGGAUCGCCUUGAAAAUGAAAUGGUGCGUCAUGAGUGUGCCGAGGCUCUAGGCGCCAUUGCAACCGAGGAAUGCAUCCAGAUCCUAAACAGAUAUGCGGAUGAUGACAAACGGGUUGUAAAGGAAAGCUGCGUCAUCGCUCUGGACAUGUGCGAGUACGAGAAUAGCCCAGAGUUCCAGUACGCCGAUGGAUUGACCAAGCUCGAUGGCACAAAGUGAUUGCUAGGCUAACUAAAUAAUAUAUAUUAUUGUUAUAAGAUUUGUAAAUUUUUAUUGUAUUUGUAUUAUUACUGUUGGGCUGCAACUGAGACGUAUCUAAUCAGCGCAACAGCGAGAUAAAUAUUCAAACAAACGUGA